GUAAGUUUUAUUUACAAGAGAGCUUUUCAUAAACCACAAUGGCAUCUACUACAUCAGCACAGCAAUGGGAAGUUGUAGGCAAAGCAAAGCCGAAAAAGGCAAAGCCUGGCUCCCAGGCUCUUUCAAAGUCACAGAAAAAGCAAUUGGUGGAGAAAAUGCCUAGGAUCGAACCGCUGGGUCCAGUGAAGGAAGAUAAAACUAUUUAUUCUGCAUUCCUAGAAAAGGAGCAGAAUGCAUCCACUAGUCGGCAGACUAAUGGCCCCAACAAUGCUGCUGGCAAAAAACCUGUUGUUCAGAAAAAGAAGAAAACUGAGGACGGAAAAAAAAAUGAAAAAUUCAUUCCUCUUGAUACUGCUAUAUCCCAGAUGGAACAUCGUGAAUUGGAAAACAUUCUAAAGGUGUCCCAAGAAAGGUUCCCAGAGAAUCAAGAUGUUUGGCUUAAAGAUUUGGCAUCUUUUCUUAAUUUACAGCUAGAGAGGGUUAAGGAAACUGAUUACACAUUCAAGGGAAAACCUAUUGGAUACCCAUUUGAAAUCAUGCCUCAAGGAUGUCAAAAAGUUUUGAAUUCAGUGGUGAAAAAGUAUUCCAACCAAACUUUGGAUAAUCUAUAUGACUACUGUAUGCAAAUGAUGUUAAUGGAGUCAUCAAAAGAUCUGUCAACUAUGGGAUAUAGAAUUUUUCUUCAACUGUUGGCCCACCACAAGCCUGAUAUUGUCUUGGGAAAAAUUCAUCAGUACCUGGAACUUCUGAAGACUCAUCAGAACAGACCAUCUCAUUGUCUGUCAAUUCUGUGGGCUGUUGGGCAGUGUGGAGUAAAAAAUUUAAAGUGUGGACUUAAAGUCUGGCUAGAUUUGAUGCUUCCUGCACUUGAAAUACGCCAAGCUGCUCAUUAUCCAGUGGAAUAUCUUGAACAGCUUCUUGGGUCAAGUCGUAAAGUUGCAGCCUUUGGCAUUGUGACAUUGAGGGAGUAUUUCCAGGUCCUUGAUGUUGUAUUCAAUCCUAGCUUUAACCUUGCUGGGGAUUUGCGCAAACGAUUGACUGUUCUUUAUCCUCAGAUUAAGGAACUUGCAUUUGGAGAAACCCCAUCUCACAAUUUGAGGACAUUUUUUCCAUCAUAUCUUGCACGAUUUAGUCUGCCACUAAAUCAGGCUUUGAAAGCUGAGCUCUUGGAUUGCCUUGUGAAGUGCUUAACUACUGACAAACAGUCAUUUAGUGUAUGGUGCCAGCUGUACACCAAACACCUAACUGCAUCAGGUAAUCUUUUGGAGUACAUCAAUCAUGAAUGGCCCAAACUGGCUCCACAGUUUGACAAAAAGCUGCUACGGGAAACUGUAAGAUCUUUCUCAGUCACCAAUGAUGAAGUUGAAGCACAAGGACGUGGCAACAAAGAAGGGCUGGCAUUGUGCCAAGCUGCUACUAAGGAGUUGACAGCCAAGAUUAACCACAGUAGCUUCCCUUGGGGUUUGCUGAUAUUUAUCCUUGUGUCUGUGGUGACAUCUAUUGUGGUGUAUGAUAUUAUGUCAAGCCCCAAACUUGGCUCUUCAAGGACCAUGCGGUUCGUAGAAGACUAUGGCAUUUUAGCCCUUUUGGAUCAGGCUUGGAAACGAAUUCAUACAUUCACCACUAUUGUCACUAACUGGAUUAAGGUCAACUGUCCAGUUUACUAUGCAUAUGUCCGGGAUACUGUUGGUCCAUUCUUGGCCCUUGUUUGGGUUUCAAUAAAGGAUUUCUGUGUGGCCACAGAGCUGGCAACAAGACCUCAUAGAGCAUUGAUUGGUGACAAAGCAUGGAACUUUUAUCAGUGGGCUUACGAACUUUCGCCGGAAACUUGGAAAUGGUGUUCUGAUGUUUUAAUACAGGCAUUAGAGAUUGCUAAGGACUACAGUUUGUUGAUUUGGAAACACACUACACACUUGGCUUAUGAGGCCCAUCACUGGGUCACAGAACACCUUUUAAGUGGUUUGCUGUCUCAAGACUCUCUCAAGGCCACAGCUAACUGGAGCAUCUCCCAGGUUCAAACAUAUAUGGAAAACUUUUGGUCUUGGUGCCAUGCAAAUGUUUUUACUUUGGUCAAGUGAUCUUGCAAUGAGAUGUGGAUUCAAUAAAUUGUUCCUUUCUAUGUUGGUUGUUGUUUUUUUUUGUUGUCAAUUUUUGUUCUGUUGUUGACAUAUUUACUAUGCUGCUAAAUUGAUACAAUUUUUGAAAAGCUGGUCUUGAGUUGUAAUUUUUCAAACCUGUAGUUACUUUACAACAUAUAUUUUAUCCAAAGCAUUUAAUAGUUGAUCUCUUUUGCCAUUUUUCAUUUCCAGUUCUUUAAUGUUUUUUCCACAAUGUUAUCAAUCCUUUCAUUAAUGCAAGCCCAUUAUGCAUUUGAUGGUUUCUGUUUAUGUGUUAUGAUUUUUUUUAAGUUUAAAAACAAAGGAUUGUGUUGUUUUUUUAAUUAAGUUCUUUUACUAUCACCUUAAAAAAUGUUUAUAGGAUUGGAACAAACAAGCUAAUUAAAAAGGUUAAUUGUUUUUAGUUAGUCAAUUGAAAGCUGCUUAUUUUAUUAUAAGCUUAAGAAAACAAAUCUUUAAGCACAACCCGUUAUGUCCAUUCAAUAAUUAUUAUAUCUGUGAUGUUGUUUUUUUUCAAAGUUUAAACAUAGCUCUUUUUUAUUUUUUCCCCUCUGCUUUGCUGUAGUGAAAAGAACUGUUAUUAAAGAAAUUGCUUUUUUUAAAGAUUUACUUUAAUUUACCCACUGAGAUUAUUGACUUAAUUUAAGCUUACAUAAAGAAAAGAACUUUGUGUAACAUUGGUAUGGGUGUGUUUUAUUUUAAAAAAUGGUACACAGUGUAAUUUAAAAUGACUGUUCAGUCAUCUAGUUGACUUUUAUGUUGUUUCCUCACCCCACCAUUGUUUUUUGUACUACUUACUUCAGUACAUGUAACUAUUAUAUUAAUAUCAUCAACUUGCUUUUUUUCUUCAUAAAGCCAUUUUCAGUUAUUUGGCUAAAGAACCACUUACAAUAGAGUUUCUCCACAUCUCAUGAUUUAUUAUUCUAGUUACCUUCUUUGUAGUGUAAUUAUACUUUACUCCAGCUGAACACUGACACACUAUGUUUAUAAAAAAUAUUAGGAAUAUUCUUGUUCAUAAAAUAAAGUCUAAAAGAAAGAAACUUAAAAGAAUUGUAUUUUUUAUAACAUUUAAUAAACAGCACUUAUUACAAACAAUAUGCUCUAGUAAUCUUUUUGUAGAUCAUUUGAAAUUCAGCAGAUCAAAGAACGAGUCAUAUUUUAAGUAAUCAUCGUUAGUUUUUUUAAUAAGCCUUUUGAAUUGGUCUUAGUUUUAUCUAUUGCCAAACAUUAUUACAAUAAAUAGAAAGAUAAUGUUUAUCAUAUGCGUAAUGUAUAAUAAGUGAUGAACUCUUAGAUUCAGUGUCAUCCCAGUCUUGUCAACUGUUUUCUCUAAGUUUAUAAUUAAGUGUUCUCGUUCUUCCAAUGAACCAGCCAAUGAAUCUUCAUGGUUUUUAUUAUAGUUCUUCCAUUUUUUUUAUCCCACUGAAUGUAACUUGUUGUGAUGUAGUGUUUAUUGAUGUAUUUGACCAAAAUGUAGACUUAUAAUUUAUUGUUAUGUUCCAUAUUAAAACUUACUUGAUUGCAAACA